ACGACUCGUUCGGCGGCUCCUCGUGCAGGUUGCGCUGAACUAUGGACACACUAUACACACGCUUACAAGGCGCACGAAACUUCAUAGCGGAAGUCACACGGGAAGUUAGCGGUCGUGUGCAUCAAUGGGCGCUGCUAAAUGAGGCUUUCAUGCACAUCAUUAUCUUGGGAGUGAUAUCCUGCUGUUUUUCUUUUGUACUGUACUUUUCUGCUUUACUCUUAACAAUUGCUCCAGUCAGAGUGCAAUACCGGGAACUGCCGACGGUAAAUCUUCCGCAGCCUUUAGAGACGCCGCAAAUACUACUGUGGACGUCCUUCGAACGCACGUGGGGCAAUAUGACACCUCCGAGCAGCAAAGAGUUCCUGACGUUGCCUUGUUCGCCCAAUGGUACCAACAUCUGUUACGUCACAGAAAGCCGCAAUGCAAUCCACAAAAGCGACGCCGUCGUAUUCGACGCUGAUAGCAUUGACUCGGCCGACUUGCCCUCGGGCCACUACCAUGGCUUGGCUUGGGUGUUUUUGACAAGUCCGCCCCGGUCACAGAUUUCGUGGUUCCUCUUGCAGUCAACGGAGCUGUUCAACUGGACCAUGGGGCUCAGAGAAGACGCAGACAUCGUGGCACCUCACCGGUUAUGGGAACGUACGAGUGCAAAUAAUUCUGUAUCAAGCUUAGAGGUGGCCUUCGGUGACAAAACUGUGACUGCCUUGUGGAUGAUCAGCAAAUGUGAGCAAGAAAAGCUGGAACGUAGUGGCGGCUCUUCACUCGCAGACAAUCGCUGGAGUGGCACUGAACGUUUCAUAAAUGCGGUUGUGUAUAAUUUUGACGUCGACAUUGUUAACAAUUGCGGGGCCGAGAUUUGCGGCUCUGCAGCAGGAUGUCUGUCUAUGAUGGAAGGAACUCACAUCUUUGUCAUCAUUAUGGAAUCGUCCCCUUGUUUUGAGCACCCGGCAGAAAUUAUCUACGCUUCGUUUAAGUACGACAUUAUACCAGUGCUUUUUGGAGUAGGAAAAUUUACGCACUUGUUGCCGCCUCAUUCAUUUGUCGACACCACAACUUACGCCGACGCUGGCGAGGCUGUCAGCGUUCUCAGACGCAUUAGCAGGUCGCCACAGUAUUACGCCGAUUUCAUGGCUAAGCGGCGAGGUAUUUUAGUGAGCGUGCCACCAGUGUUGUGUGCUUUGUGCAGUGCUCUGUAUGCUCCGCCGGUGAAGUCGCGGCACGUUGAUCUUGUACAGUGGUGGCUAAAGCGUUCAACGUGUUCUUCCUCUUCCGCGACGUAG